AUGUGCGCCCGCCCGACUCCGGGCCCGGCCCAAAACAGUGGAUGCUCCUUCUGCUCGACCGACGGCUCAACCCGCGGCGGCGCCUCCGUGGUCGGCAAGGUUGGUCCCGACGGCCAGAUCGUCCUCGACGAGGAGCGGCGCCCGACGAUCGACGUGCUCGCCUCGCCUCCCGCCAUCACGUCGCGCUGCUUCCUCGACGUGAGCAUCGGCGGCCGGCCUGCGGGCAAGAUCGUGAUCGAGCUGUGGGGCGAGGUGGCGCCGCGCGCGGUGGAGAACUUUCGCGCGCUCUGCACCGGUGAGAAGGGCUACGGGUACGCUGGCUCCUCCUUCUACACCGUCCUGUCCGGGCUGACGGUCCAGGGCGGGCAGAUCGCCGGAGGACCGUACAGCGGCAGCGGUCCGAGCUACGCGGGGCCGACCUUCGCGCACGACAACUACGCGAUCCGGCACAACACGGCGGGUCUCGUCAGCAUGGUCAACAGCGGCAAGGGCGGCGGCUCGGGGCAGAGCGACAGCCGCUUCCUGAUCCAGCUCGCACCUUCGUGGGCUCUUCCUAGACCAACCACUUUCUUCUUUUGGGCAGGCGACGCCGGCUUCCUGGACGGGCGGUACGAGGCGUUCGGGCGGGUGGCGGAGGGGAUGGAGGUGGUGCGGAAGCUCGAGGCGGUGCCGGUCUCGGGCACAAAGAACCGGCCGCUCGAGCCGUGCAGCAUAGACGCCGCCGGCGAGCUGCCGCGGGCGGCAAGCUAG